UAGCCUUCCGCCAUUACAAGCUCGGAUCUCUCCAAGUUUCGACUUCGGCAAUAGAACACGGGAACGAAUGGGAACGCAUGAGAGCAAGGAACGCUUGCUUUCCGAAGUCACUUCGUGCUGCUGUUGCUGCUUCAUCGAGCUUCAUCCAUUGCGCUCCCUCAUGUUGAAACGAAUGCAGGAGGGAAGCGACUGUUUGAUUUCACUGCAUGUUUUAUUUGUUUGUUUUGUUGGUUAGUGAAAGUCGUUGUAUAGCGCAGGCCUGGGUGUUAAAUUCGCGACUGGUGAUUUAGGUCUCUUCGACGUUUGGCGCUUGGGAUACUAUUGACUACAGAGGAUAUUGGGGUCCGGGAGUGGUGACGUAGGGGAGCAGUAUAUGAGCAUGAUGUAGGGGCUUCUCGAAUUUCUGGUUGUAUUAUUUGUUCGAUAAGUGGAUUGGUUCAGGAUUCGUCGCAUUCCGUAGCUUGGCUUGUGGUGGACGUUCUGUAAUCAGCGGGGGUUUCUCCGAGCGGAUUUUUUUUUUUUAUUAUUUUUAGACUUGUUCUGUUUAUUUUUUUGAAGCAUUGGGCAGGUUAGAGUUGGAGCAGGUUUAUGCCUCUGUUUAUGCGGAGUGAUUCGUAUCAUAAUUUAAAAGGUUCUUAGUCUAAUGAGCAAGUCAGGCGAAGAGUAAUUGUGUGAAUUGAAUCUGGGACAGGAUUUUAAAAGAGUUGUUUGAGCAGCAGUGAGGGUUCUUGGGAGAGAAAUUGAAAUCGGAAUUUACUUAGCUCGUUACACUGGAUUAGGGUUUAACAUGGGAACAGGGCAAGGAUUUGGGGUGAUUGACUGGAGAUAUUCGCGUAUGAAACAUUGAUCAUCUUGGAGUGUCAUGGUUGUUGUAAACUUGAAGCAAGUGCUGGUUUUCCAGUCUCGCGGGUUGACUGGAGUAACGCUACAAGAUGGCAGGCAGAGAAGUGAAAGAUUUUACGAAUUUAAGUGAUCCUAAAGACAAGAAAUGGGGCAAAGGAGGCAAAGACAAGGCGGAUGACGAGGAUUUAGCAUUUAAACGAAUGGUGGCCAAGAUGCAGGAGGUAGCUGGUGAACGUGGUGGAUAUCUGCAUGGUCGAGGAGCAUUGGAUAGUGAUGAUUUGCUUUACUUAAAAGAGCAAAUGGAAGCUGAGGAGGAUGCGGAGCGGUUGCGGCGACGAACUGAGAAACGGGCGUUCGCAGCUUUUAAAAAAGCAGCAAGCUUGGUGGACAAUGCUGCUGUGCCAACACUUCCUGCUAUACGAGUCGAGCCUAAACCUCGGAGUGGUAUUCGGCAACAGGUUUUAGUAAAGAGCAUAGUAAAAGUGAAGUCUGACCGACCUCGUUCCAGCGAGCUUUCCUUCACCGUGGAUUCGGGAAAGUCUAGCACCAGUCCUCAAGACUCUAAUGCACAGAGCACGGCAAAUACCAAUACGCCUCCUCGAGAAACCCUCAACGCAGAUACUACAAAGUCUCAGGGUGGUCUUCUGGGCUUGGCAUACGAUAGUGAAGGUGACAGUGAUGAAGAGUCUGAGGAGACCCCCUCUUUAAAGCGGACAAGAGAUCGAAGGAACAGUUUAGAUUUGGCUUGAAUUUUGUCCGAGUUUUGUCAAGAAAUCACGAAGAUAUCUUGCGGACAUCAGUUUUGGUUGUAUGCCGGGAGAGAGUUUCGAAGUCUAUAUGCCUCCUUUUUGCCCACAAGCACGUUGAAUAGUUAAUUGUUGUGGAGGUCGACCAUAUUGUAAUCUGCAUUCUGUACACAGGACAAAUAUCUCUUGUCCCUGCAAUGUGUAGAAGGAACUGUAGAUCAACUGGAAACAGUUUGCCGUUGAGACUUUGAGGGAGCCGUAGCAAAUUCAUAUCCAUAGUUCACUUCCCAGAAUGGUUUAGUUAUAAUUUAGUUAUUUGAUUAGCUGGUCUGUCUUUGUGGGAAGCAAAACAUUAAUUCAAUUAAUGUUUUUAGUGCCAACACUGACCUUGAAUCGGUUUCCCCUUUCCUACUGAAUUGUUCUUUGCAUGUGCUCGUGAGAAAUAUCAGAAGGAAGAUGCUGAAUGUCA